AUGUCACACAAUUCUAACCGAAAUAGCUACGAAUCACUUGGUCUAACUAAAAAACAAUUCAAUCUUAAUCGUCAUUUAAAUUCGGAUAAUAUGAAGUCUAUAUUAUAUUAUAAUGAUUUUAAUAUACCUUUUCAUUAUAUUCAAUGUACAAAAUGUAAUUGUAAACAUUUAGUUAAACCAAAUAAUUAUACUACUAACAAUUUAAUGAGUAGUAUAUUAGAAGAAAAAGAAGAAGAACAACAACAACAAUAUAAAGAUUAUUCUAAUGAUAAACCAAUAUUCAAUAUGGAAUGUUCUUGUAAUAUGAUCAACUUAAAUACAAUGAAAUCAAAUCAAUCUGGUUACAAAGCGCAAUAUACAAAUGAUUCAAUAAACUGUUGUCAUUCAUAUUAUCCAUUGUGUAAUUAUUACAAGGAACAAAUGAAUAAUUAUAGAUGUGUACAUUGUUCAUGUCAAUGUUGUAUUCAAUCAAAAUUGACUAGUUCAAUGCAUCCAUUAUGUAGUAGUUGUUUCUAUUGUCAAAAAUUUUAUGAAUGA